AUGUCGAACGAAUGGGGAAAUGAUUGGAACACUGAUCAGUGGAAUACGGGGUAUAAUGCACCACCGCAUCAACAAGCCCAGCCAGAUCCACAACAACAAAAUGCAAACUAUGGAGGAUAUGGGAGCAACUAUUAUUCUCAAGGACCGGACAAUCAGUAUUCCGGCUAUGGAGGACAGCAAGCAUAUGGAAACCCUCAAGGUUUCACACCGAAUCCUUCUUUCCAGCAGCCAGAUGCAUCCCAAAGUUUUGGCGGAUUUCAACCCCAACAAUUCAUGUCGGAUCCAAUGUUAAAUGCCGCUAAACAGUUCGGCGGGCAAUUUGCUGAGCAACAAAAAGAAAAGAUCACAAAAUAUCUAGGAACCUUCAAUUUAAAAUAUUAUUUCUCUGUUGACAAUGCGUAUGUUGGAAAGAAGCUCGGAAUUCUCUUCUUCCCCUUUUUGCAUAAGGAUUGGUCUGUAAAAUUCUCUGGCCCUUCCGAGCCAUAUCCAGCAAGAGAAGACGUAAAUGCUCCGGAUCUCUACAUUCCCCUGAUGGCGUUCCUCACCUACGUUCUAGUAUCUGGAUUCGUGUUGGGCACUCAAGGGCGAUUCUCGCCGGAGAUUCUCGGCAUUCUUACGAGUAACGCUUUCAUUUGGGUGAUCUUGGAGAAUAUUGUGAUAUUUAUUAGCAAAUACGUGAUGAACAUUUCAUCGGCUCUUUCUGUAUGGCAUUCAUUAGCCUAUAGCACCUACAAGUUUACACAUAUGAUAGUAUGCCUUCUUAUGUUCAUGAUCGGCGAUUCUAAAUUCUACUAUUGCGCUCUGGCAUAUUGCUCUUUAGUUCUCGUAUUAUUCUUGCUCCGAUCUGUAUCGCACUUUAUGUUCGAUACCGCCGGCAACUACGGCGCCGAAGAAGGCCGAAAACGCAAAAUCAUUCUCGUUCUUUUUGUCAUUGUAACACAGCCAUUGAUAAUGUGGUGGUUGACCAGCGGCGCUAGUAGCUAUGAUUACGGAAAAUAUUCGUUGGCUCAAAUGGCUUUGAAUAAAAUGGGGAAUGGCGCGAAAUCGGCGUUUAAAAAUGGCGUACCGAUGACCGACGAUGGAGAUAUUGACUACGAAGCUCUUCUGAAAAUGCCGAAGGAAGAGUUUGAAUAA